AUGGGAGACGCAUUCUCGGGCUUCAAGCCGAGGCCUGGCGAUAAACUAAUUGCUAUAAUGGGGAUGACGGGGUCUGGGAAGAGUACUUUCAUAUCGCUGUGCACUGGAAAAGAUGUUCCUGUCGGUCAUGAACUGCAGGCUUGUACACAAAAGGUUACUGCAUACCAGUGCCAAUGGUCAGAUACUACCGACAUCUAUCUUCUCGAUACUCCCGGAUUCGAUGACACCAGCCGCUCAGACACAGAGGUUCUUAUCGAGAUCGCUGCGUGUCUCACCAAGACAUACGAGGACGACAUCAAACUGAGCGGAAUCCUCUACCUUCACAGAAUCACUGAUCGCCGUUUAGGUGGAUCGGCCAAGAAGAAUCUUAUGAUGUUUCGGAAACUUUGUGGUAAAGAUGGCCUGAAGAAUGUCAUCCUCGUCACUACGAUGUGGGAAGACGAGCAAAUGGAAACGGGAGCAAAACGAGAGCAAGAACUCAUUGAAACCAAUGGCUUCUGGGGAGCGCUGGUAGAAGAAGGUGCCCAAGUCAAUCGUCACGACAAUACCAGGAGGUCAGCUAUGAUCUUGCUCAAGUCAAUCGCCAAAAAAGACCCGGUGAUUAUCUGCAUUCAGAAGGAAAUGGUCAGCGAGCACAAGGACCUCAACGAAACUGAAGCGGGAAUGGGGCUCAAUUCAGACAUUCUAAUGGCUGAGCAGAGAGUCAAGAAAGAAAUGCUGGAGGCACUUCAAAUGGAAAGACAGGCCAGGAUGGACCAGGACGAAAAGUCAGCCGAAGAACAACGCCAGUUUCGCAAGACGAUGCAGAAAAAGUUCGACCACCUCAAUCAAGAGAGAGAAAAGCUAAAGAUAAGCUUGCAGGAGAUGAAAGAGCAGCGACGACUAUUCACAGAACUCGAAGAAAAGUACCAGGCCAGCCAAGAGCGCUUGCGUCAGCAAGAUGAAAAGAUCGAGAGCUUAGAAAAGCAACGCAAGCUCCAAGAACAACAGAUAACCCAGAAAGUAGGGCUCAGCAAGAGAUUACAGAAUCUCUUUCUUAAACCGAAUGAAGGUGAAAAUGGGAGACCGACAAAUUUAAUUAUGAAAAUCCAAGAUUCGAGUUCUUAUCUCGCAACGGGCGCUGAACUCACAAGCCUUUCUCUAGCAGGAAGGUACUAUUCCUUUAGUGGUCCUAAGAAGAAUGUCUCAGAGCACCCACACGGUCUGCAGCAAGCACAGAAAGUAUAUCACCACCAGCAAACAGCUGCUAUUGGUACCCGUGGAUCAUGGUUCUAUCACUACCAUACUGGCGACAGGCACAAGUGCGAGACAAUUUGGUCAGACUCAUUAUCAGCUGAAUAUCCGGAACUCGUCAAUUGGCUGAAGACACCCGAUGUCCUUGAAUGCCCCCGCCACAUUAGCCUUGGUGUUGAUGGCAACUUCUUCAUCAAGAUGAAGAGCGGGAAGACGCACUGGUGCUUGCCCACAUCUAUCAUUGCCAGACUCACCAACUAUACUGGCAAAAUGGAAAUGGAAGAUCUCUCUAGACUAUGGCUUGGCUACGGUAAUAACUACGUGGCCGAGAUUCAUUCCAGUGACUAUCUUUACAACGCCCAUAACUACGGGCGUCUUCCAUCGGAGCUGGAGCAUAUCGAUAAAAGAUGGGAAACUAUCAAGCAACUUGCUAUGGAUAUUAAAGAACCUGGAAGCUAUAUGCUCAUAAAGGAGGGAGAGGGUUCAAUUUGGCAUUACGGAUAUGAGAAUAUCGAGUCGAGGGCAGAAGAUUGGCAAAGCUUCAUCGAUGAAAAUAGGAGCGCAUGGUGA